AUGACUCGGGUCCAGGAGCUGUUAUUUUCUGUUGCUCAUUUUGACCCGGGCUUUGGCGUUCGCGGCGUUUGUGAAUCUGUGGUCCUACCCGUCAGCCUAUCGACACCCGUGGAAACCUUUGUGCCAUCCAACGCCCAGGCCUUUUGCAUCGCCGUUGGUUCUCUGCAGGCUGGGCACCUCUCGACAUCUCGGGAGAGCACACCAGACUAUAUCGGCUGGCGCAAGAUCAAAGCAACCCGGAUUUCUCAACGUCUUCACGGGAUUCCAGACCAAAGUAAAGGUCUAGAAAGGAAAUCGAGGUAUAUAUCGUCCACAGCGGAGAACUCGCCUGCCUGCCUGAUGGCGUCUUCCGAAGUGGAUCAAAAGUUCCUCGGCAAAUUUGCCAAGACAGUCGAGCCUGAGAAUCCCCUCCUGGCAUCGAUGCUCUUCAAGAUUUUAGGUCUUUCCAUAAGUCUUUCUCAGCAGCUGGUAAAGGCCCGGAAGCAAAGACGACUUGAAACCUCUCGAGGGACAGAGACGCCUUCACUGGAUCUCUACUUUCAUAUAAUAUGGCUGUCAAAUCAAGGGCUGGUCAUGUUGGAACAGUACGUCCUGCCAUUGGUGGGCCAUUACGUCGAGCUGAAGGUGCUUGCGUACAAGCUGCGGGCUUCUUUUUACCACAUCUUUGUUCUCUUCCACAACCAGCCUCCGGUAUCAACUAUGAGCGCCGCCUCGCCCGAGAUCAAAAGUCUAUCCAACGAGCAGCAUCGGCUCGACAAAGGCAAGGGCCCAGCGAGUAAUGACUAUAGCUUUAAUGUUGGCGAGAGGAUAUCUGGGCAAUCAAACCACGAAGUAGAAGGAGACCCCGUAGGUGGGACAGUGCGUCCACCACCCGGGUUUGCGCCUGAAGCACCGGCAUCUUUUCUCCUUCCAGCUGGUAACUUUCUGCCCGUGGCACACACCUACUUUAAGCAGGCAGUGUCGAUGGCGGAGGAGCUGCUAUGGGGAUCACACUCGUUACGGCUAUCAGUCAAGACCGAGUACGCCGCAUUUUUGUACGAAUGCAUGCACGACGGACCGGGCAGCCGAAAGCUCGCCAAGGACACCAUUACUGAGGUGUACGAAGCAUCAGAGGGCAUCGAUAACGAUAUGUUUAAUGACGCUUGCGAACUUGUGACGGUACUGGGACGUAUGAUGAAGCGUGGUUUAUCAUCGUCCAAGGACGCCUUGUCGAGUCCAAACCAGGGAUCCAACAAAAUGCCGGACGAUACUUUUGCGUCACAUAAACACCAAGCCUCACAGGACUCCGAAGCCUCGGGGCAGGCUUCAUCCUUCACUAUGCCGGCCCCGCUACGUACCGCACAGGCGUCGAAACCACCCCCGAUCCCGCCAGCCACCUCAGCGGCCCCAAUACCUCCGCAAAACGCCGGCAUUCCUCCGGGCUUCAUAUGA